AUGCCGACCACCAAAUUCCAUGCGCCAUCAGCGACUCCGCAACAGCAUACAAGUCCUUAUUCUCCAGUCACAGUCGAAGGAAAGGUAUAUCAACCGGCCCCAUCUGCCCCCACUGUGGCCCCUCCUGCGGCUCCUGCUCCGGCCCCUACGCCAGCUCCACCUCCAGCUCCUAUUCCCGCUCCUAUUUCUGCGCCCACUCCAUCUCCCGCACCUACACCUGCACCGGUCCCGGCCGCUGCGUCUUUCCCCAUUCCGAGUGCCAUUCGCAGCAGCCUCCCGGCCGCCUUCGCUCAAACGAUACCUUCGACUUACACCUCCCCCUACGCCAAUAAUCCUGCUCCACAGGCUCCUCAGCCGCAGUCCCAGACUCCGCAGCCUGGACCAGGCGCACCGGCACAGCAUCAAUCCCCUUAUGCGCCUCAAAAGCCACCUCCUUCUCAACCCCCUCACAUGAAUGCGCAGCCCCAAACUUUCUCUUCAUCCGCUGGGCCAUCAUAUCAACCCCAGCAGCACCAGCAGCACCCGCAGCCAGUCCAGUCGCAACAGCAUCAACAUCAGCAUCCGCCGCAGCAUGUGCCCCAGCCGCACCAGCAACCACAGCAGCACCAGCAUCAGCAGCACCAGCACCAGCACCAGCAUCAGCAGCACCAGCACCAGCACCAGCACCAACGUCCGCCGCCUCAGGCACCACAGGCGCAUUCUCAACCGCCGCCUCCGAUUCAGCAAAAUUCCGCACCUCCCUGUCCGCCAGAGUCAUCUUCCUUCACUGAACGCGCGAACAAGGCCAUCGACGACUUUGAAGCCGUUCUCAUGGAAGAUUACGAAGACAAGAACUACAUCCGCGAGGUGCUCCGGAGUGCGCGCGCUCGGGUUUUGGGCAAUGCCACCGAAAGUUCAUUCCCCGGUGGCGAGCCUAAAGACGAAGCAGUUAUCAUGGACGUGCUGCGCAAUUUGGUUGGAAGCUUGAAAGACGAGUAG